GCCAAUGGGAUAUGCGCAAGCAAAAGUUGUACAUGGGUGUUCCUCAUAUGUUCCAAUCAAAAGACAUGACUCUCUCUCUCUCUCACUUAGCACAAAUGGAUGUCUUGUUUUUUAGGUCUUGCUAUAUUAAGACAUUGUAACUGUAAAAUAGUGGUGCCUACUAGCUACUUCCACACAUAACACGCAGCAUUUAUUGUUCUUACACCAUUUAUAAAUUCCAUCUUUCUUCUAGUUAAACCAAAUUUUUAUCACCAAUAGGAGGCAAACCGUCGCAAACUUCUUCCCAUAUGGAGCUUCUAUUGUCAGAGCCAAGUCCAUCCGAAAAUCUGAACAUCCCAUUUUCAGAAACUCCACCACCAUGUUCAAAGCCAGUACCUUCCAUGGAUAUCCAAAAGGAGAAGAGGGAUGACAAAAAACACCCCCGUGAGUCUGAUCCCCACCUUCUACUUGAUCUAAGUACCCCUGAUACAGAUUCAAGUGAUGAAUCAAAGCCAGAACUGAAUCUCAUCAACUGCAUCGAUACAAACUUAUCCAUGAACUCUUCAGAAUCUAGUCAUGGACAAGGUGAUGAAUUGGAGCCCCGGAUAUUCUCAUGCAACUACUGCCAAAGAAAGUUCUAUAGUUCUCAGGCACUUGGUGGACACCAGAAUGCACAUAAGCGUGAAAGAACUUUGGCAAAAAGAGGACACAAAGCUGGUGCUUCAGUUUCAAUAGAUUUUGCUCAUAGGUACUCCAGCAUGGCUUCUCUUCCCUUGCAUGGCUCCUAUAACAGGUCACUAGGAAUUCAGGCUCAUUCUAUGAUCAACAAACCCUCUUAUAAAACACCCUUUUUUGGUUUGCCACGUUCUCAUUCCCAAAAUGGGUGGCAGAGGAGGCCUAUGAAUCUUCACGUUGGAGCAGAAACUGAAUCAUCCUUGGCUGGUGGCAUCCCACUGUUAGGGAAGUUUUCUCCAAGGAUGGUACCAGAGGGGUAUGGUGGCUACUGGUUGGAUAGUAUUACGCAUUUGAAGACUAAACAAGAGGAGUUGCAGAAGCUUGACUUGUCUCUCAAGCUUUAAGUGCAACCCUUCAUUUCUUAUACAUAUUAAUUGUAUCUUUUCUCUGUUGAGAAAGAGCUUUGUAUCUUCUUUUUAUUUUCUUUCUUUCUGCUCAUGUAUCUCUAGUUUCAGCAGCUGUAAAUGCAUUUUAGACGCAUACCAGAAUUUGUGUCUUGAUAUUAUUACUAUUUUCCUUGAUUUGUGUUAAUGGAUUCUUCCUGAGUUUAUUUGGAAGUUAAAACUUCCCCCGAA